AACUGAGGAAAUACAAAUCCCAUGAUAACGUGAUGUGUGCUCGGUGGCGAGCCAUAGCCGGUGUGGGAGUACUAUGUGGCCGAUGCUUUAAGGACAUUACGGUGUUAAACAUUAACUGGAGCCUCGGCUUGGGGUGGCUGGCGGUGACAUUUAAUUCCUUUCACAUCCAGCUAUCAGUCUGAAAGGAUUUUCCGGGAGGCUCUGCCCAGCCUGGCCGCCCUGUGAAGCCUGUGCCGAGGCGGGCUGCGGAGCGCGGUGCGCGGUUCGGAUCGCUAGGCGCAGGUCCGUAGGUGAGCAGACGGCGGCCAGCAUCCACAAGCUUGACGGAUACCACCAGCACGGUUUAAUAACCGAUUUUCCGAACAGGAGUGGCACAGAUCCAGACAGAUUGUGAUUAUGCCCGUCCCUGAUCUUACGGUCACGGCCAUGGAGCUUUCAGCUGCUAAGGAUACUGGCGCCGCCCUGGUGUACAGAGUGGAACGCCCCGUGUACAGCGAGGGGCACUUGGAGAGGGAGCUGUUACACAGGAAGACGAGGAGGCAGGAGCCCUUCAAGGAGAAGCUUGCUGGGAGGCUCCGCUGUUCCUCAGAGAAGGCCAAAAUGACCCUGCACAGCUUACUGCCCAUCCUGUCCUGGCUGCCCUCCUACCCUGUCAGAGAGUACCUGUUUGGGGACCUUGUCUCAGGCCUGAGCACGGGCGUCAUGCAGCUGCCCCAAGGUCUGGCCUAUGCAAUGCUAGCUGCUGUGCCUCCGGUCUACGGCCUGUACUCCUCCUUCUACCCCGUCCUGCUCUACACCUUCUUCGGCACGUCCAGGCACAUAUCAAUGGGCACUUUCGCGGUGAUCAGCUUGAUGAUCGGCAGUGUUGCCAUGCGAGAGGCUCCCGAAGACAUGUUCCAUAUUCAGGCUCCAAAUGGCACCAACGCCACUGUGGUCGACACGGAAGCCCGCGACGCCCACAGGGUCCAGAUAGCAGUGGCGCUAACCUGCCUCGUGGGCAUUAUUCAGCUGUUCCUGGGCCUCCUACGCUUCGGAUUUGUGGCCAUCUACCUCGCCGAGCCUCUGGUGCGCGGCUUCACCACGGCCGCCGCCGUCCACGUCUUUGUGUCGCAGCUGAAGUACCUUCUGGGAAUCCAGACAAUGCGGUUCAGUGGGGCCCUCUCAGUGAUCUACAGCUUUAUUGAGGUGAUGAAGAACAUCACCAGCACCAACCUCACCACAAUCACCGUGGGGCUGACAUGCAUCGUGUUCCUGUAUUCCAUCAAAGACCUGAAUGACCGCUUCAAAAAGAAGCUUCCGGUGCCCAUUCCGGGGGAAAUCAUAGUGGUCAUCGUCUCCACUGGGAUCUCCUACGGAGUCCAGCUCUCCUCCAACUACAACGUGGAUGUUGUUGGAAAUAUCCCUGUGGGACUCCUUCCUCCAGCGCUGCCAGAUCUCUCUGUUUUUCCCAACCUGGUGACUGACGCCGUCGCCGUCGCGGUUGUGGGAUUCUCCAUGGCUAUUUCCCUGGCUAAGAUCUUUGCUCUUAAACACGGCUACAGCGUAGAUGGAAACCAGGAGCUCAUAGCGCUGGGCCUGUGUAACCUCACCGGCUCCUUCUUCCGCACCUUUACCAUCACCUGCUCCAUGUCCCGCAGCUUGGUACAGGAGAGCACGGGGGGCAGGACGCAGAUUGCCGGACUGCUGUCCUCGCUGGUCGUCCUCCUGGUGGUGGUGGCCAUCGGCUUCAUGUUUGAGCCACUGCCUCAGACUGUGCUGGCUGCUAUCAUCAUGGUGAACCUUCUGGGCAUGUUUAAGCAGUUCCAGGACAUCCCUGCGCUGUGGGGGACCAGCCGCAUCGAGCUGGCAAUCUGGAUGGUGGCCUUUGUAGCGUCGGUUCUGUUGGGGCUUGAUUACGGGCUGCUGGUGGCCAUCGGGUUUGCCAUCCUCAGCGUCAUCUACAGAACGCAAAGCCCAAAGAAAACGAUACUUGGCGAGAUCCCCGACACAGGCAUAUACUGUGAUGUGGAGGAGUAUGAGGAGGCUACUGAACGUGUUGGGAUUAAGAUAUUCCAAUCCAACACCUCUAUCUACUUUGCAAACAGUGAUCUCUAUGUCGGCGCCCUCAAGGAGAAGACGGGGGUUGAUCCAAGUGUUAUGCAGGCGAUAUAUAAAUCCUGCCGGCAGAAGAAACAGCGGAAAGAGAGGGAUGCACAGGACCAUACAGGGCCCCCGAUAAGGGACUCUGUGGUUAAGCUGAACAUAGAGACGGGUAUCACUCAGGAGGUGCUGGACAUGGACGGGCCAGAGCCGCAAGAGAACGGGCAGCUGGUGGAGGGCGCCGCUGAGUCGGACUGGGAAGAGAGCAGCAGCUUCCUAGGGGCACUGGGCCCAGUACGGGCCAUCAUCCUGGACUUCACGCCCGUCAGCUUUGUCGACUCAGUUGGAGCCAAGGCCAUCAAGGCUGUGAUGAAGGAAUACGCAGAGGUCGGUGUUGAGGUGUUUAUCGCUGGCUGCAGUGGCCCCCUACUGGCCGACCUUCGCGCCCUCAAGUUUUUCGACAGAGCUGUGACCACAGAGCUGCUGUUCCCAUCUGUCCACGACGCUGUAUUGCACUGUCAACACCAGAUGGCGCCCCAACAGCGCUAUGGGAUACAAUGACUCCCCAGUCCAGUGAUUCCCCCGGGGAUGGGGGGGGGGGGGGGGCGCAUUUGUGUCACAGUGCACUGAUUAAAUAGGAAAUAUAGGACAAAAUGCCAAGGAUGGACGUGUUGCGGCUCCUGCCAGGCACAGCUUCGCUUCUGCUAGCUGCCAUUCCAUUGGAGAUCCUGGAGACGGUUAUUUAAAGCUGCCACUUCAUCUCAAGGGGACGCAAGUACAGGGGCUAUGGAUGCGUUUCACAGUGGGAGCUUGUAAAAGCUUAAACUUUUAAACAACAUAUUUUUUUCAAAUGAGAUUUAUAACGACAGUCAUUCCGAAAGGAUUAAUGUCAGACACAGUGUGGUUAACUGAGAAGAAGUGUGCCGAAUGGUACUCAGUGUCCACCUUGUAGUUACGCAAGUUUUAUGCCUCCCGGUGGUGAGUGAGUUUGUCCAGCUACAGCUGCACCGAUAAGAGUGAACCAUUCGGUUCCAUUACGCUGAAAUGUUGUAUUGUACUCAUAUUCAACAUAUUGCACUAGUCUGACUUUUAAUGUGAAACCUGAGAAUUACAAGCAGUGCAACUGCCAUCCAGUAAGAGGCACUAAUAGGCAGGUUAAAGCCGGUCUGCUGCUGACUAAGACCUGGGACCACCUGCUUGGUACUGGGGGUAUUUUUCAAUGCUGGAUGCUGCAAUGUCAGCGACAUCGGUCAUUGCUGAGUAAUGAUUUGGUUCUCCUACUCUCAUUUCUGUCACUUCCCUCUUUGUUUACACAGCACAGGUCCUGAUGUGCAUGAUUUCUAAAUGUUACUGAGGUGGGGUUCCCAACUUCUUGAUAUCCGAGGACCAGUUUGUCGUACAAAUUUUUCGCAGAGCCGGGAGGUGCCGGCAGUGAAAUUUCUUGGGGCUUUCCUGAUUAUACCAUUAGAAAAUGGGAGAAAGAAUACAAUUUGUACAGAAAUAUGGGAUAAAUUGCAUAUUUUCAGGGAUUAUUUUACAACACGGCACAGGAUCCGGUUGAGGGUUGGGAUCCUCUAGAGCUUUUUAUACAGAUGAAAUGAUUGUAUUAGCCAGGGCAGCUUGAACACCUUCUUUUAAGUUAAAUGAGAGAUUAUAUCUGUGUUUGAAUUGUGUCCGGCUGACUUUAUGUUUGUCGUGAACUUGUUUCACAUUCACUGUUACCGUCUUCUGUGGCUCACUGCAGUUUCAUCUGGAUGACAAGGAACCAAGGCAACAUUGUCCUGCUGAACUUAUUACUCAGUAUGACAGCAAAAAAGCAUGUGGAGGCCAAAUUUUUGGAAUCAACAAUGAUUUUAAAAUAUUAGACCAUUGUUAUAAAAGAAUGAUUUUGUAUUUAACACUGUAAUCUACACUGAGGAUAUAAAUGUGUAUAUAUAUAUAUGUGACUGUGCUGUAUAUCAACAAACCUUCAGGUGAAGCUAAUCUUUCAUGCAGUUACUGUUAUGCGAGUCUGUUACCUGUUGGGAUUUCUGGGCCUUGACUAAUCUGGACAUUUUACUCAAGCCUACAAAAGUUUGACCGUAGCCAGAGUCCGUGUCCGUUUCAUUCUAAAUAGGUGUCAUUUUUGUUAUACAUGGGAAGACCCUCUAAAAAUUGUUAAAUGGCCAAAAUCACCGCAUAUUGUACAUUUACUAUUUAGAAGUUUGUUUUGGUGAUGUGGUGAAAUUUCAGAUGAUUAUGCCAAAUAUUUUUGUGUAACCAAAUGCAUUAAAGUAUAUUUUAGAAAAUAAGUGCACCCUUUAAACACCAUUAAAAUUUUUUAAAUCACAUCAGCUUUGAAUCAGCACAGAUACUGCCAUUACCCCCCAUCACAGGUAAGGGAUGUUAAAUGGUUAUGCGCCUUUAUUCUCAGUCUGGCUUCCUAUGGUAGAGGGUAGCAUAUGUAAUGUAUCCCCACUGCAAGUAUCAUUGUCACCAGCAGCAGGCAGUGUGUAUUGAGUAUAUGUGGCUGUAAGCAUUUAGUGUUCACGUUUAUCACGUACGCUGUACUGUGACAGAUGUACAUCUGCAUAUGUGUUUGCACACAAUUCCUGCCACUAAUAAAAUCUCAAAUUGCACAAUG